UUUUUUUUUUUAAUGUGUGUUACUUUUUCUGGAAAAAGUCAAAGGUUGACUGAUAGUCUGUUGUGUCAGCUGCUUUGUGCAGGAGCACAUUGAAAGUAAAGAGCAAUCAGGGGGAUGAUUGGUGGAGUUCUCAGGGUGCACACAUAUGUUAUUACAAUAUGCAUUCUGUUAACAUUUUUAAAUUAAAACUGUUAGGAGUAAAAUAUCACUUGUCCAAGCACUGUAAUACAGUUUAUGGUGCUAAGAAACACCACCACAUUCAACCAAGAACCACCUCUCAUCCAUACCUCCACCCCCACAGAUAAAAAAGUGUGCAGCUCCAUCAGCCAAAAUUAUGCUCUAGUGCUGUUGCUGUCAACUCUAAACUAAAAGUUUACGACAUGUGCAUGUGUGUUCAGUAACCUUUAUUUCUGUUUUUUGUGAUUGAGAAGCACCCUGGGGUUCCUUCUUUGGGUUCGCAGUAAUACUGCCUUGAAAAGUGAUCCUGCCCUGAAUCAAAUGGAUUUUGACAAUGAAUAAGUGAAGAAAAAAUAGAAGUGUGUGAGUAUUUACUUUUACUAGGAAUGGUGGGAUUUAGUUUUCCUCUUCAGGUUGUAUCCAAAGCUUUCCCCUAUCUAUACUUCUCUACAAUAAUUUCUUCUCUGUUGCUCACAUUCAAGAUUUUGAAAUGCAUUUCAAUGUGCUUUCCUGAAGUUCCUAUGCUAUGACUCCGCUGUUGCAUUUAAAAUGUUUAAUAACCAAAUGUAUGUAAAAUUUUAUAUUAAGAAAUACCAUUUUAAAAAGACAAUGAUCUUAAAGAGUGUAAACUCUGCUCUAGUGCAAUAACGAGUACAACACAGCAGCACACCACAAUGUGAGGAAAACUUCAAAGAGAAAGAGAUGUGUGAUAAGAAAACAAAGCACAGUGAAGAGAAGCGCCGCUGCAAAAGUUCAAUGCCUGCCCAAUAAUAAAGUAGGUUGAUUAGGCUGCACACAUUUGCUGGCCUUAGGCCACAGAUAUCUAUAAUGUAGGAAGGUGACUCAUUGAUUUAUUCUGAAACAAGCUCUUUGAAGGGUGGGUCAUCAAAAAUUGCAGUCAAACAGCAGUGACUACUGCUAAUACAACACUACUCUCAGAACUAUUCAUCUGUUAUGUAGUGCCUUUUCUACAAAACAACAACUUUACCAGCAUCUGAGUGCUUCAUGUUUUCAGGCUUGGAUUCGCUUUCCCUGCAAUGAUCUCCUGUGGGAUGAAGCAAAAGAAUGACAAAUGAAUUCAGCACUGACAUGACCACACUAUUCUUCACUCAUGUCCUGCUCAGCAAGCUACACUGUGGUUAUCAUCCCUCUUCAGAACAGUCGGAGGAGUAAGGAAGCACUCAGAUUCUUCCUCUGGCUGAAACUGUUGAAAGAAUUAGAGAAAGAGAAGGAUUGUCUCUGUAAUGGUCUUGAAGUCUUGGAGAGAGCCCGCCUUUGGUUCUGCCAGCAAAUCUACAAGCUGCAAUGUAAACAGCAAGUGGUUGGGACCAAUACAUUGGACUGGCGUGUCUCUGCAGGGCACCAUCAUCACCAGGCUCGUAUUCAAGAAAUGAACUUCUGUCUUAACAAACUCUCAAGCCUUAUGAACAUGAAACCUGCUUCUUAUCAACUGACUGGCACACAUGAUGUUAAGCAGGAGAUCAUCUCUGCAAUUCAAGUCAAGAAUAGAAUGUUAAUGAAGGAAUCAAGUGAGAAGACACUGAAGAUUUCACUUUUGGAGCAAGAAAGAAAUGACCUCAUACAGCAACUGAAUGAACUUCAAUCUCAUAUCAAACAUGGAUGCUUGCCUGAAAAUGCUGUUCCCCACUGAGAUAACAAUUUUCUGCAAUGUUCUAUUCAGAUAAAAACCUAAUGUAAUGUUUGAGUUAUCUUAAAUAAUACUAGAAUAAUUUUACUUUCCCAAACUCCUAAAAUUCAAUGACAAAUUCUUCUUCUUUCCUAUAUCUGUCCCUCUGUCUUUAGGUCAUAGUCUUUCUUUUGCCUAACUUCCCAUCUGA